ACAUUUCGACACCAGAGGAACAGUUUUAGUUCCUCGCACGUCACAUUUGGAUCUCGGGCUUCCUGGCGGCUCGAACGCGCCGCUGUGUGUUCGCAUGCAGCUCGUAUGGACGCGUGGCUGAUCUUCUGCCACUCUGGUGACAAACAGCUGGUUUUAGGGCAGACGGCGACGCGGGACGUUUGGUGGACUUCCACCAGAGCAGACACACGUCACAGCAGCAGCUCCUCAUCGUUACGACAGAGCAGCCGUCGACAUGUCAGCGAGGCGCGGACGGUCCUCCACUCUGCAAUGAGCUCGGUCUGAUCCUCCUCCUGUUCUCCAAGGUUCUCUAAGGUUCUGUAAGGUUCUGUAAGCUCUUUUACCCAGCGAUGGGGCUCCUCACCAUGAACCUGUGCCUGACGCUGCUCUGGGCCUCUUCUGCUUUGCUCCCUGUGGAGACCGUGAGUUCGAGCGCUCCCGUCCCACAAACCGGCAGCACAAGCUCCACUGCUGAACCGAGUCACGCAACAGCGCAGCUCAACACUUCCCGUGUCCCUCGCGAUGAAUCACAGGCGCAGAUCGCAACUCGAGGCCCAACGCCGCAGACCAACGCAACGGCUGAGGCGGCUGCGCCACACACGACGGAACGUCAGGAGGCGCCCGUGAGCAGCGCCGGCUACGGGUCCAACGUCAGCACGGCCGCGGGCGGCCGGAGUCACGUCUUCACACCUGCUGCCAUGGCAACGCCUUCCCAAACAACAGCGGAACCUGAACGCACCGCUUCCACAGUAGCGACAACCACGCCGGCGCUGAGGUCCUCCGCAGCAUCUGCUGCCAUGGCAACGCCUUCCCGCAGUGAAACAACAGCGGAACCUGAACGCACCGCUUCCACAGUAGCGACAACCACGCCGGCGCUGAGAUCCUCCGCAGCAUCGUCAGCAUCUGCUGCCGCGGCGACGCUUUCUCACAAUGAAACGACAGCAGGAGAAGCUGAACCUGAACGCACCGCUUCCACGAGAGCGAUGCUGAGAUCCUCAACAGCAGCAGCCGCGUCAACGCCGGAGGCCGCGUCCACCACCGGGCCUGGAGCCACGUCGAACGUCUCCUCCACCAGCUCCUCUCACCCCCCGACUCACCCCCCACCCUCCACGCAGAGCUUCAUCUCUCCUUCAGCUUCCACAGGAAGCACAAACACAACCAACCGCACUGUUGAGCCACUGCCGGCGUUCAACCCGGCGGUGACGAAACCCGAAACAGCCAGCACCGCAGCUGGGCCUCCAUCUCCCCCGCAGCCCGUUUCUGGCACCCACACCCCCACGUCCGCGUCCAGGCCUCCUGCCACAACGGGUUCUGGUUCUGGCUCAAGCUCAGACGCUCCCUCUCCGUCACACUCCACCGCCUCCUCCUCCAGCACGGCGGGAGUCUUCAUCCGCCCUGUUUCCAGGCUUUUACCCGUCUUCUCGACCAAAGCGGCCGCGGCCACUGCAGCGGCGCCUCGGACCUCCCAGAGCCCGUCCGGCACCGCGGUCCAGACCUGCUCCAGCCGGGGCCUGGUGACGCAGUGCCUCAUCAUCAUCGCCUCCCUGGCCGCGCUGGCCACCGUCUUCAUGGUGUCCACCAUCGUCCUCUGCGCCAAGGCCUCGGCCAGGAAGUCCAGGGUGAAGAGGCCCGCGGAGGAGACGGAGAUGAUGUGCAUCUCCGCUCUGCUGCCUGAGAGGAACCACGCUUACACGCGGCAGCACAACCCGGUCUCCAACGGGGUCCUGGUGCUGCCCAUGGGCACGGACAGCGACGACGACAUGGGGGACAACCUCACCCUCAGCAGCUUCCUCCCAGACAACGAACGCACUGUUUAGAUGGAUUUAUUGUUAUUACUGUAACAUAUGUGCUUUCACUGGACUCAUUAAUGGGCUGGAAACAGCCGCGGAUGUUUCCUCUUUGAUACCGGCGGCUUAGUAUCGGUGCACAGGAAGCACCGCAUUUGCCACAGACACCGUUCACCAUAUGUGGCCUCUGGUGAGGUCACGCCAUCGGAUGUAAACUCUGAGCUGGAACGAGAUCUGAAUGAUUCGAGGCUCGGUUCUUCACAGGAGGCAGGAUGAGACGCCAUCAAAGCGCCGUUGAACAUCCUGAGCGGAGCCCGCUGGUAUUUCACUUAGCAACAGGAGACAGGAAGUCUUAUUUUGUCGAGGGAUUACUGUCCUUCACAGACGCUCUUCAGUCUCCGAGUGGCAGCUGUGAGGCUUAAUUCUAUGAACGGAUUCACUGAAUUCAUCCUAAAUGUUUUGUGACUCUUAUGUGGGUGUGUUUCUAGAGUGAGUUAUUUCAACAUGUUUAACUUCAUGACCACAUAUAUUUUCUGGUAUGUUGUUGCCUAAUGACAUCUUCCUGGAAAGAAGAAGUGUAGUUUAGUUUCAUUGAGUUUGUUUUUUAUUUUUCUUCAGUCUGAAAUCUUCUCAAAAAAUAAUUUGAAGACUGAACUUUAUCCACCUAUCAAACAAAGUGUGACAGAGCAUCUGUUCGCUCUGGGAUGUAAAAUAAGAACGACUGUACUCAUUUUAAACAGCAGCUCAAGUGGCAGCAAUAACAAAACGCGGCAGCUAUGUUCUUCAAAAUGUGCUGGUGUUUGUUUCAAUGUGUCGCCAAAAUAAAACCCGACGCUCCGGUGAACUCA